AAGUGAAUCGUGAUGUAAACAACAACACGGCCGCAGGUUUGGCGCACAGCUUCCGACCACGCGGGAACUGCACUUGGUUAUUUUCACUUCUGCGUCGAACUGGAUGGACUGGACACAGAUCAGUAUUUCUUAAAUAUUGCAGCAAUUUACGUCUGGAUACCCGCAGUGAAGUUCUCAGAUCCACAUCAUGAGACGAGUAUAAACACGUCGGGACGAUUCUUGUCAUUUCUUGUUGAUACUUUGAUCACAUGGGUAAGGAUUUAUACACACACAAAUUUGCCACGGGAUUAUCUUUAUCGUUGAACACAAUUUUUAACUGGCUCUUGUUGUACUUCGAACCAGAAAAAAUAUUUACAAGCUAAAUGUCACAGCGUUGUCAGCAAUCAGCAAAUAUGGAGUUAGAAGAAAAUGAGGAGCUUAUUGACGAUGAGGAUGAGGAGAGUGAGGGAGACGACAACUCUUCUUCGUCCAGCCGUGAACGUCCAACUUUAAACGUGAAAAUUGGAGACACUGGUAAAACUAUUGCUGGUGUCGAAUCAUCGCAAGUGGCCGGCUCGCCCAAAGAUUUCUUUCUUAAGGAGUCUGUAUCUUUGGAAAAUACAAAUAAAACAAACAAUUUUCAUCAACAAGUACCGCAAAAUUCUUCCCGACCAACCAAAACAUUUGAAGAGAUGUGCCGACUAGAGGAUUUGAAACAACGCAAGAAGGGUUAUACCGGAAGUAAAACGACCAUCGAUGACUUUGAAUUCAAAUCUGCGAAAUCACAGCGAAAUCAAAAUCAAUCUAAACCUAUGGAUAAAUCAGUUGUUUUGAUUUCAUUGGCAGUUGUGAUUAUAUUAUCUUUUGUAGCGUAUAUGUCACCAGAGUCUUCAACAGCUUCAAACUCCCAAGUGAACGGGAAUAUGAGAACUUGGGAAGAUUCACAAAAGAAGCUGGUGUCGGAUAUAUUGCAGCUACAAAAACAAUUUCCUUCUCAGUAUCGGGAGUCGUUGAUACACAUCUUGAGUGCAAUUGAUUCUACUCUCAGCCGAGUGGUACCAAAACAGCCAUCGUCUAUUGUCCUUUUGGUCCCUCCGAAACUUGCGAAAUCAUCCUUUCCUCUGUGUUUUGCUCAAAAAUUAUCCAAACUUACAAAUGAAAUAUUUUCUGAAAUGAAUGGUACAGAUACUCCCUCAACUUUUACAAUGGACUCGAAAUAUUUUCAAAAGUACGGCAAGGACAUCACAAAAAUUCACGACCAACUCAACAACUAUUUCCUCAAUGGUGGAAGAAGUAUAAUAGUUCAAGAUGUUGAAAAGCUUCAGGACGAGACGCACUUGCUCGUGUUUCACGGACUUUGUGAUAAUUACUACGCUCCAGAGAAACGUGCCACCCUGCUCUUUAUACUACCGGUGCCCCAAAAUCUCUUUACCACGAGCAAAUUGAACAAUGGCAUGGCUUCUGAAUUAUCAUAUCAGAUCCUCGAUCAAGGCUGGAAAUCAACCACAAAUGAUGAUUCUCGACCAGCAAUGAUUGCCCGUAUCGCUGCAUCAGUUGUGUUUUUAAAUGAAGGUGAUUCGUGUAACUGAGCUUUAUGUAACCUCUCUUAGUUAAUGCGCUAAAUUCCGACCAAUAAAGUAAAUUUCAUGGACGAUGAUAAUGUUAUGUAUGCGAGUGAAGAUUUUACUACUCUGUUGAAUAAUUUCUUAAAUAAUAAAUAUUUAAACAUUA